CGCACCCACAGUAACAUGUGAGUGAAGAUACCAAAACACGCAGCGCGCGGAGACAGAGACAGACAGAGACAUGGUGGGGAAAAUAAAACGCGUGCGGCAGAAGCUGCAUCACAUAGCCGUGCGGGUACAGGCGGAGACCGGGCCCGGGAACAGGCUGGAGAAAGCGCCCGGACCCGCGGAGAUAAAACCACUGAUUAAACCACAGACUCAACCACAAACACAAGUACAGGACCUGAAGGCCUUUAGUUUUCCAAAGGGAAUAUUUGCUGGUACCAAGAUCACUCCAGAAGCUCUGGUGCAGACCCUCAAAGUUGAAGAACCUUCACCGGUCUUACCCACCAAGCAAGCAGGAGAGGUACAAAAAGCAGGUAAAGAGGAGAAGAAACAGCAGUCGAAGAAGGAGAAGAUAAAGGAGCGACGGCAGCGGUGGCUUAACAAGAUCAGUUCGAUUAAGGUAGCUCGUGAGGAGCAGGUGGCACUGGAGCGCAGGAAGGCCACGCCUGUAGUGGGAGACAUGAGGGUACUGGCCGACGCUCUGCCUGAACUGACCCAACUUCUUCCCACCAUCAGAUCAGCCAGCAACACAUCAGCCCGGAGACAGAAAGGUCCGGUGAGGAAGAAAUCAGAGCCUACAGACUACUCUCAGAUGAAACCUGCACAGAAGAGGAAAUUACUAGAAACAGAAGCGUCCCGCUUUAGUGAAGCUAUGAAAGACCCCACCUUCAAGAGCAAUCCGCUCGCAGCGAUUGGAGAACACCUGAGGAAACGCCUCAGACAGGAAGAUGAACAGAGUUAAUCUAAUAAACAGUUCACCCACCAGACUGUUCUCCACACAAACUGUACAGUGUAUAUCAAAUCUACACUCGACUCGAUGACCCCACUUAUUUAAAUAAUUAUCAUUACUUCACAGCAGCCAUACCUUACAGAGCAGUCUGACCCCAGUCAGGACCUUAAAGGAUCAGGAUGGCAAACAGUCAUAUGAACAUGAUUGGUUAUGUUUAGUAUUUUACAAAGGGAAAAAACUAGACUAGUGUUGCUAACAAACACUAGGCUUAGACCAUCAGAGAUCUCAUUUCAGUUAAUAUCUGUGCCAAAACUCUUAAUGUGUCUCUCAGAACUCCUCCAGAUCUCCAUUAGUUUGGUAAAUGGAUGUUAUGUGGAACACUGCCUGACUUUAGAUCUAAGAUUAAUCUUAUUUUUUUUUGCCUGACUGUUCCUUUAAUAUCUGAUUAUUACACACAGUCGUAACUAUUACAUAUAAUAUUAUGUCAUGUGAGUUAAAUGUAAACAAAUAUAUAAUUCAACACUUUGUACAACUUUAGACCAUAAAAAGUUGGGAUAAUGUGAAAAAUGUCAAUCUUACCUUUCACUGCAGACAGUUUGAAGUUUGAACCCAUGAUAUUUUCUGUUUUCUCUGGUCACCUUAAGUUUAUUUAUUAAUAUACAUCCAUUCAAAUAAAACACUGGUGAUUGUAAUUAUUAUUUAUUUGAGGAGCAAAGACAGGCAGAGAUUUUCCUCUUUGUUACAAAUGUGUCUCCGUUACCUCAGAUGUCACAUUAUUCAACAAUAGCUGAUAGAACCGUAAGGGCAAGAAAUUAAUUUGACAAACCUUUGUCAAGCACUACAGUACAGGGUCACAUUCACAAAUGUGCAUGUGUGUUGGGACACUUUCUCAUUGUGCUAUGACAGACGAGUCAGCAAGUUUUAAACAGUUUCUCAUACUCCAGGAGUUUCAUUUUGCAUAUCAUAUUUUGGAAAAUACUCCCAAGGUUGCUUCUCACCAAGAAAAUAAACAUAUUUCACUCUU